GGGUGCAAGAGGGAUUUGAGGACAAGGAGUGUGGGAGCUGUGCUGGACUCCGGGGCUGCACAUCCCUGCCCAGAGCCAGCUCCUGGUUGGCUCCUGGCUGCGAACCCCAAUUCCUCAUGGAGCCCCAGUAAUCCUGACUUGUAUGGAACAGAGCCAGGGCGUUAACGUUUAACAGCACUCGGUUGUUUUUCCUGGCAGGAAUUCCCCUUGGCUCCCUCUGUACCUCUCUGGCCUCCAGGCACCUGCAGCACCUCCUGCAAAUGACACGACAGGGUGUAGAUUUAUCAAAUCAUGGAAUCACAGAACCAUUUAGCUUGGAAAAGAUCUCAGAAUCCUCAGGUCCAACCAUUCCCCCAGCACUGCCAAGGCCAUCACUAAACCAUGUCCCCAACUGCCACAUCUGUAUGUCAUUUAAAUCCCUCCAGGGAUGGUAACCCCACCACUGCCCUGGGCAACCUGCUCAUUUUUCAGAUUUGCCCCUUGUUCAUUUUGAACUCGGCUUCCUCUCUCCCAGUGCCUGCACUUUGCCUGUACCACAUCCCAGGAUAUCUCUCAGCUGCUCUGCCUGUGAGCCAGCCCUCGCCUCACCCCAUCACUCACCCCCAAACCCUCCUGUUGCUGUGCCCAGGUACAGGUGCUCGGGGGGGUCAGGACUUCAAGCUGCACCAGCCCCAGGACAAGGUGUCGGUGACAGUGGGGAAGACGCUCACCCUGGGCUGCACCGUGUCUGGAUCCAGUGAACCUGGUCCUGUGAAGUGGCUGAAGGGCUGGGGCAGUGGGAACAGGACCAUCUAUGCGGACACGGGCUCUGCUCCCCGUGUGACGAGAGCCGUGAGUGGAUCCGACACAGACUUCACCAUCCACAUCAGGGAUGUUCAGCCCGAGGAUGUCGGCACCUAUUACUGUGUGAAGUUCACCAAGUCCCUGACUGGUGAGGAUGAGGUGUUUCGGCGUGGAACUGGCACAGAGGUGUCUGUGCUUGAGGCAGCUGUGGUUCCCAGCAUGGUGGCUGCAGUUGUGGUGCUCUGCUUCCUCCUUGUCCUCGGCCUCCUCGUCGCCCUUUGCCUGUACAGGAGGAAGCGCCAAGGCAGGGUGGGCAGCCCGUGCCCAGCCAGGCCAGCAGCCGUGGGCAGCUUCCCACCCACCUCUCUGCAGUGCUGUGCAGGGACCCCCAGCACCCGCAGUGAAGUUCUGGAUGCAGAGAGCUCCCACCUGCCCAGCCAGCAGAGCAGCAAGGAGGAGAACGACAUCCACUACGCCGACCUGCAGGCCCUGCCCACGGCCCCCCGGCGCGGCAGGAGCGCGGGCACAGCCUGCACGGAGUACGCCAGCCUCAGGGUAGCUGCCAAGUGACGCAUGGCACCACGGCCUGCGCGGCCAAGCCGUGGUGGGGAGGAAGCAGGGAUGUUUCUGCAGGGCACAGUAAAGAAGAAGUGGAGCUGUUUACGUGGCGCACCCCGGUCUCAGCUCAGCGCGCCAUUCUCAGAGCCAAGCUUCCUCCUGUUUAUUCCCAUCUCAGGGCUGGACCUGCUGUGCCAGGGCUGGGCAGCAGCUCUCCCAGGACCCAGCAGCCAUCUCAACCACUGGAUCAGACCACGAGGCCAAGCAUCUCUGCGCUGUGCAAGGUGUUUGGUGCUGAUGACGCCAGGGGGGCCUCAUGCUUGCCUGUGCCCACCAGCACAGGCCUCCACUGGCACUUUCCCAGCUCACAGGUCCAUAAUUUGUGUUAUCUUGUCACCACCCUCAUUAAAGCCAUCA